GUACCUCCGCUCCUGUCCAGUCUCGCCUGCCCCCAGAGAGGGCCGAACCCCCUGGGGCCGGAUGCCAUGGGUAACAACUUCUCCAGUAUCCCCUCUCUGCCCCGAGGAAACCCGAGCCGGGCGCCACGGGGCCACCCCCAAAACCUCAAAGAUUCCAUCGGGGGCCCCUUCCCUGUCACUUCUCACCGAUGCCACCAUAAGCAGAAGCACUGCCCGCCGCUGCUGCCUGGCGGGGGACUACCAGCCACGCCGCUGCUCUUCCACCCGCACACCAAGGGCUCCCAGAUCCUUAUGGACCUCAGCCACAAGGCCGUCAAGAGGCAGGCCAGCUUCUGCAACGCCAUUACCUUCAGUAAUCGCCCAGUCCUCAUCUACGAACAAGUCAGGCUGAAGAUUACCAAGAAGCAGUGCUGCUGGAGCGGGGCGCUGCGACUGGGCUUCACAAGCAAGGACCCGUCGCGCAUCCACCCUGACUCUCUGCCCAAGUACGCCUGCCCUGACCUGGUGUCCCAGAGCGGCUUCUGGGCCAAGGCGCUGCCCGAGGAGUUUGCCAACGAGGGCAACAUCAUCGCCUUCUGGGUGGACAAGAAGGGCCGUGUCUUCUACCGCAUCAACGACUCGGCAGCCAUGCUCUUCUUCAAUGGGGUUCGCACGGCCGACCCGCUCUGGGCCCUGGUGGACGUCUAUGGCCUCACGCGGGGUGUGCAGCUGCUUGACAGUGAGUUGGUGCUCCCGGACUCCUUCAGCCCCGAGGCCCUGGUGGACCGCAAGGAGUUCUGGGCCGUGUGCCGCGUGCCCGGGCCCCUGCACAGCGGCGACAUCCUGGGCCUGGUGGUCAACGCUGACGGCGAGCUGCACCUCAGCCACAAUGGCGCGGCGGCAGGCAUGCAGCUGUGCGUGGACGCCUCGCAACCGCUCUGGAUGCUCUUCGGCCUGCACGGGGCUGUCACGCAGAUCCGCAUCCUCGGCUCCACCAUUCUGGCAGAGCGGGGCAUCCCAUCACUCCCCUGCUCCCCUUCUUCCACACCAACCUCGCCCAGCACCCUGGGCAUCCGCCUCUCUGACCCACUGCUCAGCACGUGCAGCUCUGGACCGCUGGGUAGCUCUGCUGGUGGGACAGCCCCCAACUCACCGGUGAGCCUGCCCGAGUCGCCAGUGACUCCCGGUGCGGGCCCAUGGAGUGAUGAGUGCACCAUUUGCUAUGAACACGCGGUGGACACGGUCAUCUACACAUGUGGCCACAUGUGCCUCUGCUACGCCUGCGGCCUGCGCCUCAAGAAGGCUCUGCACGCCUGCUGUCCCAUCUGCCGCCGCCCCAUCAAGGACAUCAUCAAGACCUAUCGCAGCUCCUAGCGCGUCUUGGUACCCAACCCCACACACCCACCUCCUGGGACUCCGGCCCAGCUCCAGCUGAGGGGCAAGUCAAUAGGGCCCCUUCUCUUCUUCCUCAUUUUGGAAACUCUUUUCCCUUCUCAUUAAACGUGAGAACUGGGCCCCUAAAGGUAUGGGGAGAAAAGGGGUAUCAGGCAGGGAGAUGAGGGCAGAAGCAAGUCGCCUGCUCUCCUCUGCACGCUGAGGGCUAAAUGGGGUUUCAGCCUCUCCUGAUCCUUCCCUAUCGGGUAGAUUCCCAGGAAGUCCCUUUAGCUCAUGUGGCACCUUUGUGAGAAUUAGAAAGUGUGUUCCUUUCUCCGGGCAGUUGUGGCCCUGAGCCUGAACAUGUGGCUUGGCUAGUGGAGUAUGGACUUGGACCUCAGCCUCCAUUUUCUCCCUCAGCCAACUGCCCUUGAGCAGUGCACAACCUGUGCAACAGCAGCUCUGGGCAUGCAGCUUCUGAGUUGUCGCCUUACUGUCUGACCUACACCUACCCUUUCCUUCCUCUUUUCCCUGCCCCUUGGGUUUGGCAGCCAGGGGUGAGAAGGCCAGUGGAUACCUCUCUUCCUGGGCAGGCUGCAGCCUCCAUGCCAUGUCCUUCUCCUACUCACCCUGGAUGGGUGGACACAGGCCCCAGAAGCCUACAGGUUCUGGGUCCCUAGCCCUCUGGCCUGUUUGAGAUGUGGAAGGCCCUUUCCUGGCCAUAGCCCUUCUGCCCCAAUCAUCUCGCUGGACACUGCUGCCCAGGGGUAGCCCCCUGGUUUGGGCUAGAGAGCAGGGUGUCUCGUCUGUCAGGUCUAAAGAUCAGGUUUGUAGCUACCCUCUGACCUCUCCUCUCAUGUUUCAGUGCUGUCCUGGGCCUGGCUGAUCCUCGUGGAAACUGUAGCAUCCCCUGGAGGGACCAGGGCCCUGGGUUGGGGGUAGAGGGGUUCCCUGGAGUAAGAACAGCUUUUCCCCUUUAUUUAUUUAUUUAUUGGGUUUACAGGGGUUAUUUGGGGAAGGGGGGUGAACUCCCAUUCCCCAGACCCCUAGAAAUGCUGCCCUCGUAGGCAGGGUGCCUCAUUGGAGGGGUUAGCAGUGGUAGUCAUCACUCAGAAUCUUCCCCAGACUCCAGCCCAAAAGUCCACAGACAGCUCUGCUUACCAUGAAAUAGAACUCCUUAAGAAGGGGCUGAAUUGGGAGGCCCUCUGGCAAAUUGUGUCUGUUUUAUAGAGAGGGCAACACAGCCUCCGCAAUGCUCUAGGGCCGGUGGAUCACCCAGAGCCACAAAAGCAGGGUUAUCUUAAUUGACUCUUGUACAUCAGGAGGCCCAGGAGCUCCCAUCUCCGCAAGGACAUACAAUGUCCUGAGCAGGCGGAGGGAGGGGAGCCCAGCUGGCCUAGUCACUGUAGGCACAGGGAGCCUGUUCUUAGGAAAGGCUAUCCACUCCCAGGAACGAUGAGAAGGAAGGGGCUGCGUCCCAGCACCUCUAGCUUCUUAUUCUUGAUUCUGGGGUGUGGGAGUGCCCCCCAGCUGCUCUUAGGUCAUAGUCAUCUCAGCCCUGCACGCCCUGUCCUGACAGGCCACGGGCUGGGGUCAGCUCUCUGAGUCCUGGCCUCCCCCUAGCCUCCCAGCCCUCUGCCCCUUAGAUGGCUUUUUUAUGCCGACUGGUGCCUGCUUUGCCAUGUGGCUGGCAGAGCAUUGGAUUCUAGACCUGGCCACUGACCAGUUGUGUGGCUCCGGCCAGGUCGUAGCCUCUCAGCCUCAGCUGUCACCUCUGUAAAAUGACUUGGGGGUGGGGAGCAGACUUUCUGUAUGACUCUAGGGAGUUCUUUGGUGACGGCUGCAGUGGGGUGGUGGUGGUGGGACAGCACAGGGGGUCGGGAUGCCAGGCUGGCGCUGUUUGAACCUGCUUUGCAGUGGGCCUUUGGGAAGUCAUGGUUCUACUCUGGGUGUCUAAUCCCUAGUCACUGAGCUUGUGGACCCCUUCUGUGGGAGUUGGGUGAGGUGGGGCUGGUGGUAGCCCCAUCCAGUCAAGGUUCCCAUCUGAGAGGCAGGAAAAGUCCUUAAGUGCAGGGGCUGCGUGGCCUGAGGGUCAGGGAGAGGAAGCCAUCCAUCUCAUUGUCUCUGUUAGUGUAGGGGGGUAGCUGCUGCCUCCUUUGUGAACUUGGGUCACCGUGAUUGUGAAUAAAGGUGAUUUCGUACCAGC